AUGAAGAGCAACAAGCAAGAUACGGGUUUCUUUCCACUUACGAAUUCCGAUAAAUCAAACUCUUUUUGGACAAAGUUUACAGAAAAUCGCAGACUUUGUCUCUGGGGAAUAGCACUUGCCUCAUGCGCUCUUGUCCGAGGUUAUGAGACAUCUUUUGUCGGAAACAUAGCAGGAGAUCCAGCUUUUAAGUUAAUGUUUGGGAUUCCUGACCCUUCCGGUGAUGGAGGUUAUAUUAUUCCCUCUAUUUGGCUGUCGCUGUGGUCGGCCUCUUCCGCUAUAGGUUCGCUGAUCGGGUCACUAAUUGGUGGCUGGUCCCAGGAUGCAGUUGGAAGAAAAUGGACAAUUGGAGUGGCUGGCGUAAUACAAGCCGCCACAGUCACGAUAAGCUUCCUAGCUGAUCAGGCAGCGACAACCGAUGCGCGAGGGGGCAUUUACUUUGUCGGUAAAGUAGCCCAAGGUAUAGCAAUGGGCGCCGUAAUGUGCACAUCUCAGGCAUACAUAUCCGAAAUACUCCCUUCGUCGAUUAGAGGCUCUGUUGUUUCAACACUUGCUCCGUUCACCGUACUGGGACAGAUUAUUGCCGCUUUGGUCAUCAAGUCUCAGGAGGAUAUAAUGGAGCCGAUAGCAUAUAGAUUGCCAAUGGCGACGCAGUGGAUUUUCUCGGCAAUCCCACUAGCUCUUGUUGUAUUUCUCCCGGAAAGUCCAGCAUGGCUCAUGAGGAAAGGUCGUUUCCAACAAGCACGAGAAGCAUGCCUCAAACUGGAGGGGCCUAAAUUUUCUGACGACGGCAACAAUGCCUAUGACCGCCUUCGAGCCGACGUUGCCAGGGAGAGUGAGGACGGAGAUAAGUUUGACGAGAUAUCCUACUUGGAUCUUUUUCGACGACGCAGUGAUGCUCGACGCACUAUGAUCGUACUCUUUGCCAGCACUAUCCCAGAACUGUUCGGUUUACCCUUGUUCGGCCAUACCACUUAUUUUGCGGAACUUCUUGGCAUGGAAGCAGGGGAGGCCACAACCUUGUACAUUUGUGGCGCUGUUGGCGGAUUUAUAUUCAGUCUCCUCGGAUUCUAUCUGUUGACGAGAGUUGGUCGGAGACGAAUGCUAGUUUUUGGGCUGACGCCCGUAGCUUUGCUAUGGUUAGCUAUGGGUAUUGCAGCUUGUUUCCCCUCGGUAUCCAUUGCAUGGUUUGUUGGAGCUGUCAUGGCAGUUAGUAUCUGCAUCGCAAGCGCUGGUCCAUGGCCGGCAUCAUAUGCUGUGGUAGGAGAGACAUCUACUCUGAAACUAAAAGCCAAAACGUCUGGUCUGGCGUGGUUUACAAACUAUCUCACCAACGGAAUUUUCGGUUUCUUUCUGCCGUACAUAUACAACUCGGAUGCAGGAAACUUGGGAGGAAAGAUCGGAUUUGUCUACGCUGCAUUUACCAGUAUUGGAGUUAUAGGGUGUUGGUUACUUGUCCCUGAAAUGAAGGACAGGUCACCUAUAGAAUUGGAUGAGAUGUUUGAAGCGAGACUAUCCACGCGGAAAUUUCGUUCUUACUUAGGACAUGCAGCGAUACCCGAAGAGGAACACCCACUUAGACAAGCUAAUUCUUAG